AUGACAGAGAGAGGAGCUGGAACAUCUGAAAAACACUUCCCUUCAAGAAUAUUUUUGCAACUAACCCCAGUUCUACAGACCUCUGUUCUAAGCGUAUCAGUCAGCAAAUCUUCGGAGAACCCAUCAAUAGAGAUCGGCCAUGAAAAGACCAUCGAAGGUUCAUUUGAUCCACCCAAUUCCUACCUGGGUCUCAAGGUUUCAGCUGGAGAGACAGUGACGAUGAGCUUGAAGCCAUGGAAGUUCGAGCAAUCUGUUUAUGGAGACAGUGCAAAUUUGAACUGGUUUCUUCACGAUAGUGCUGAUGGGAGAGAGGUCUUCUCAUCGAAGCCUUCCAAGUUUGCUUUGCUUCACCCCAAUGCCUGGUUCAAGAACAGGUACUCAAGUGUUUACCGGCCUUUCACCCGGCAAGGAGGAGUUAUUUUCGCCGGCGACGAGUACGGAAAGGCAGUGUGUUGGAAGGUGGACAAAGGUGCCAUGGGGAAGUUGAUGGAGUGGGAGAUUAAAGGGUGGAUUUGGUUGACAUAUUGGCCAAAUAAACAUAGAACAUUUUAUACUGAGACUAGGAGGUUGGAAUUUAGAGAAACCCUUCAGCUUUCGUUUUCAUAG